AUGACACCAUCGGUUUCCAAAGCCUUUGAAGGAGUCUAUGGAAAAAAGCAUGGCAUUAAUCCGUUCCUCCUUACAGAUAUCGUGUCUGAUUGGUCUCCUCUGCAUGAUGCUGCGAUCCAUGGACAUCUGCUCACUCUGAGGAACCUUAUCAGCCAGGGCUGGCCUGUGAACCUCACCACAGCAGAUCGUGUAUCUCCACUCCAUGAAGCGUGUCUCAGAGGUCAUCUGUUAUGUGCAACUGUUUUAUUAAAUCAUGGGGCACAGGUGAACAGCAUGACUGUAGACUGGCGAACUCCCUUGUUUAAUGCUUGUGUCAGUGGUAGCCAGGAGUGUGUGAACCUGCUUCUGCAGCAUGGAGCCAUUCCCCACCCUGAGAGUGAUCUGGCCUCUCCUAUCCACGAGGCUGCUAAAAGGGGCCAUGUGAUGUGCAUUGAGUCCCUUGCAGCUCAUGGGGCCAACAUUGACUAUAACAUCAGCUGCCUGGGUUCUCCCCUGUAUACAGCAUGUAAAAAUCAGCAGAUAGCCUGUGUGAAGAAGCUUCUGCAGUCAGGAGCAAGUGUGAACCAAGGCAAAGGCUUGGAUUCCCCUCUGCACUUAGUGGCCAGGAUGUCCAGUAGGGAACUGGCACACCUGCUGAUGGACUUCGGGGCAAACACUCAGGCCAAGAACGAGGAAGGCAAACGUCCUGUGGAUCUGGUGCCUCCAGAGAGCCCUCUGACCCAGUUCUUCUUGCAGAGAGAAGGGCCCCCUUCUCUGAUGCAGUUAUGCCGCCUGCGAAUCCGAAAAUGCUUUGGAGUUCAGCAACAUCAUAACAUUACUUCACUCGUGCUCCCAGAAGAUCUGAAGCGCUUUCUCCUACACCUUUAA